GCUACCACUUUCACACCCAGACUCCUGACCAACAUACAUGAACACAGACGCCUGAGAACACAACGAGGCUGGAUGUGAAACUGUCCAUGUGGUAUCACAUUCGUAUAACUUGCACCAACUCGCCAAUACACAACCGGAACUCUACUUCAUUCGGCUUCUUCCCCGCUCGCUCAUCGGAGACAAAGAACUCAUUCUUGUGAACCAACAUGUCGCAGGAUCAGCUGCUCAAGGGCCAGUCCGGUUUGCCUGUAGAUAACCCGACCAAGUCGUACUGGCACAAGGAGCCUUCGGCUAAAUUGUUAGGUCAUAGAACGACGAAAGAGUUACCCCGCGUCGCCGACGUUGUUAUCGUGGGGAGCGGCAUCACGGGGAGUUUCGCCGCUCACUUCUUGAAAGAGCAACGCCCCGAUCUAGAUGUUGUAAUGGUCGAGGCAAGAGAGGCUUGCUCGGGGGCUACUGGAAGAAAUGGAGGUCACUGCCAACCCGCAAUCUACGCCUCAGAGCCUCACAUCGCCUCCUUUGAGCUCCGUAAUUUCAUCUACCUCAAGGGGCUAGUCGAGGAAUUUUCAAUCCCAUGUGACUGGCACACGACAAGCGGUGUACACGCCUUCUACUCGCCCGUGCUAUUCAAACUAGUCCGUAGCAGCGUCCAGUAUCUCAUCGACGAAUACCCGGACCUAGCCGCCAACGUAGCCGUCGUCACCAAAGGCAAGCAGAACGAAGACGGUAACAGCGAUCUAGAAGGCACCCCAGCCUACCUCCUCGAAGGCGAGCGUCGGGAGCUCACCCUCGACGCCCUAAGGGUCCCGCACGCCGAAGGCGCCAUCGUGCAAUGGAACGCAGCAAGCCUAUGGCCAUACAAACUCGUCGCCUUCGUGCUUGAGCGUCUUCUCGCCACAAACGACAACAAUGAAGACGGAGCCAGCGGGUCCUUCAACCUCCAAACCAACACCCCCGUAACGGGACUCUCGCGCGCCGAGCCCCCUGGCCUCAGCAGCCCAAGCGGCUCCAAACCAACAUCGAUAUGGACAGUCCACACCCCGCGCGGCACAAUCUCCACAUCCCAAGUGCUCCUCGCAACAAACGCCUACACCUCCCACCUCCUCCCACAAUUCACACCACUAAUCGUUCCAACCCAAGGACAAAUCUCCGCGCUCGAGCCCCCGGAGAAACCAACAGUACCCACGGACCCGCCAUUGGACAUAAAACACACCUUCUAUAUCGAAGGCGAGCCGGACCAGCCCUUCGAGCGCGACGACUACCUAGUGCAACGCCCCCCCGCCUCCGCGUCGCUAAUCUACGGCGGAGGCCGACGGCACGCCAAGGGUCGGGGUGUCGGGGUAUGGGAUGAUAGCGCGGUCGACCCGGCUGUAUCCUGGUAUCUGCGCGGCGAACUCGGCUCCGUGAUCGAUUUAUCUCUACACCAUCCCCCAUCCCAAUCCCCCACCAAAGAGCCCAAAAAACACAAACCCCUCCCCAAAAAACAAGACCUACACCCAACCCACGAAUGGACCGGCAUAAUGGGGUACUCCAAAGACUCGCACCCAUGGGUCGGCGGCGUGCCCUCGUCCGCAGGCGGGGGGGACGGGUUAUGGUUAUGCGCGGGGUACACCGGGCACGGGAUGCCGAACGCGGUGUUAUCAGCGAAAGCGGUAGUCGACAUGAUGUACGGCGACGAAGACGGGGAAGUCGAUCUGCCGCCCGAGUACGAGUUAACCGAGGACCGGCUGGCGCGGUCGGGUGUGUUGGAUGAGGUUGUGGAUGUGGAUGCUAGGGGGAGUUUGUAUGCUGAUUUUGGGGGGCGAUAG